UCUCUACACAACUCUUCUUGAUAGCAUCACUGUGUCGAGUGUUGAAGAAAAUGUUUCUCAUGUGUGUUUAUCUCUGUUUGUGCUUCUGUGGUCUGACUGGUGUGUUUGGUGAUGAAGUUAAGUCAGUAUCAGUGAUUGAGGGAGAUUCUGUUACUCUACAAAGUUAUAUUACUAAACUACAGACAGAUGAUCUGAUACUGUGGAAGUUUGGACUUAACAAGACUCUUAUAGCAAGAAUCAAUGGAGUGGCCAAAGAUAUCUCAGUAUUUGAUGAUGUUCUUGAUGGGAGAUUCAGCGACAGACUGCAGGUGAAUGAUCAGACUGGAGAUCUCAUCAUCACAAACAUUGAAACUCAACACACUGGAGAUUAUAAAAUAAUCAUCAGCGGCAAACAGAAGAUCUCAUUUGUUUUUAAUGUUAUUGUCUAUGCUCGUCUUCCUAUUCCUGUCAUCUCCAGAAACUUUUUACAAUGUUCGAAUUGUUCAUUAUUGUGUUCAGUGUUGAAUGUGAGAGAUGUGAGUCUGUCCUGGUACAAAGGAAACAGUUUAUUGUCCAGCAUCAGUGUGUCUGAUCUCAACAUCAGACUCUCUCUACCUCUGGAGGUUGAAUAUCAGGAUAACAACACAUACAGAUGUGUACUCAACAAUCCCAUCACAAACCAAACUCAACAUCUCAACAUUAAUCAUCUCUGUCAGACUAGUUCACAUAAAACAGCUCUUACCAUUAUUCUGAUCUGUUGUGCUGUUGGAUGUCUGAUGGUUGUGGCUUUAGUUCUGAUCUGCUGCAUCUGCAGGAAACGAAAAAACACAAAACAACAGGGCAAGUAAAAACUACUGCUAAUAUAACUGUAAUAUAUACUGUAUCACAUCAAAAGUUUACGUUUUAUUUGCGUGUCUAUGUUUAUUAAAAC